UUUUUCUGGAGGACGAACAAUUGGCAGCGUUUUCAGCUAAUGCGAAUUCAAGGAAUGCGCUAAUGAAUCGUUCAAGGAUUACUUUGGAUUUAUAUCUAGAACCUCUUAACCCCGAUGGCAGUUAUCGGAAUCGUAGAUGCCAAGAGAUAAGCCUACAUGCCGCGGCCCAUAAGAAUGAAGGACGUCGUGGAGCUGCACAACAGAAUGCUGCUGUUAUGCAUGGUCAAAUGCAGCCACCAGAAUUUCAUAUGGGAUCUACAGAACUAAGUGUGGCUCCUCUAGGUGGUUCUCUUGGUGGUGGUGGUGGACAGUAUGUUAAUUUCGCAGAACCCUUGACCCCACGUCGUCGGGGACGUCCAAGGGGAGGAGAACGUAUACGUUUCAAUGUGCCACCAUUGGAUAAUAUUCGGUUUACCAUUUCUGAGGCGGAACGUAGCCGCUUAAAUUUUAUGAUACCGCCCAUGGAGUCCAAUGCACAAUCUCCCUAUAAUCAGCAGCAGCAUCAACAGCAACAGCAGCAUAAUCAUCAUCAUCAUCAUCAUCGCCACCGUCAUCAUCAUCAUCACCAUCAUCCUUAUCAGAUGCCACAUCAGUUAGUUCAAUCUGGUUCAUCGUCUUCCACAACAACAGCCCAACAGAGUCUAAAUGGUGCCCAUUCCACUCUGAACGAUAUGAUGCGUUUCUAUCAGAACCAAAUUAUCCCGGAGCCUCAGUCAAGCGGAUCAUCGCGGCUUUCCUCCACGCCAGUUUACUACGCGAACCCAGACAUAGACAGGGGGGUCUCGUUAGGCUUGCUGGACCCCAUGGAUCUCUAAUACAUGUUAGUGGUGGUCGUGGUCUUGGUAGUGGUGCAACUGGAUCGGCUCAAUCGGCUAGCACCUCGC